GGGAAAUGGAGUUCGACGGGGGAGCAAUUGCAGUCGUCCGCGGGACGUCUGCCCGGAAGACGAGCCGCUGAUAGAGAGCCGAAUCUUGACAAAAUUACAUUCGUGGCUUUCGAAGGUGAGGGUAGAACUGAGGGCUCUUGCGAACUACGGCUCCCAAGAUCCUUCGCGCGUGUUGCGAACUACGGCUCCCAAGGUCCUUCGCGCGUGGAACGGCGGCAUGAGAGAUGGGCGACGAGGAGGGCACGGCGAAGCCGCGCGUGCUGCAGAUGGUACGAGCUGAUGGGGCAGAUAAGAGCUGUGUCACAUUCGUGCUUCACAACGAGGACCACACCCUGGGCAACUCCCUUCGGUACAUGAUCAUGAAAGAUCCUGAAGUGGAGUUCUGUGGCUACAGCAUCACUCAUCCUUCCGAAAGCAAAAUCAACUUCCGGAUCCAGACCAGAGGAGGCCUGUCUGCUCUCGAGGCAUUCCAGAAGGGGCUGGAGGAACUCACAGGUGUCUGCCAGCAUGUGCUUAGCAAAUUCGAGGCAAGCGUGGAGGCAUACAAGGCGCAGGAGGACGUAAAGAUGGAGUAACCUGGCGGAGGCUGCAUGGCAAGCAGCAUUGUACAUAGUGACUGUUGUUGGGUUGUGACUUGGGGGCAAGGCUUUAUUUUUUAUGGACUUGGGGUGGAUUUUCCUAAUAAAACUAAAUUAUGGAAUCCAAA